UGCUACUGAACGGAUUUACCCCGAUACAAACUAGCCACACACAGUGAUUUAACCCAAGGAAAAAAAUGCCUAUUCGUGGGACUAAAACCUCAAAAGAAGCGCUAAGACAUCUGGAUAAACUUUGUGGAGCCCAGGCUGAACUUUAAUUCACGACAAACCAAAUAAGUUACUCACAGUUUGGGGUUCUUAGCAUUGUUCAAGAAUACCUCUACUACUGCCGUUGGAAGCGUCGGUUUUCUUCUCCUGGACCAGUCCAGUCUGAUGAAUUCGCCGAAAAAAGACGGAGACGAUGAUGUGCCGGUUAAAGACUCGAUAAAAUACGGCGAAUUGGUCAUUUUGGGGUACAAUGGUUCUCUUCCCAGUGGAGACCGGGGCCGCAGGAAGAGCCGCUUCGCUUUGUACAGAAGGGCGAAGGCCAAUGGCGUCAAGCCCAGCGCUGUGCACAUCCUCAACACACCCCAAGACAGCAAGGUACAUGCUGUUCACAGCAGGGGGCAGCACAGCAUCUCUUUCACUCUGUCCCGGAACCAAACGGUGGUGGUGGAGUAUUGCCACGAUAACAACACAGAUAUGUUCCAGAUUGGCCGCUCCACUGAAAGUCCCAUCGACUUUGUGGUGACAGACACCUCUGGGGGCGGCAAGGAGGGCGAGGACCCCUCCAUCGCUCCCAGCACCAUCUCACGGUUUGCCUGCCGAGUCGUGUGUGAGCGUCACCCACCAUAUACCGCACGCAUCUAUGCUGCCGGCUUCGACUCCUCCAAAAAUAUCUUUCUCGGGGAAAAAGCUACCAAAUGGAAAAAUCCAGAUGGCCACAUGGAUGGUCUCACCACAAAUGGAGUCCUGGUGAUGCACCCAGAAGGCUUCCCUGAGAACCCCCGGCAGGGUCUGUGGAGGGAGAUCUCGGUCUGUGGGGAUGUCUACGCCCUGCGGGAGACUCGCUCGGGUCCUAGCAGGGGAAAACUUGCUGAAGGAGAGAGCAGCGCACUGCAGGACGGCUCUCUGGUGGAUCUGUGCGGCGCCACUUUGCUUUGGCGCACCGGUGAGGGCCUGAUGCGCGCCCCCACCUUGCGUCACCUCGAAGCGCUUCGGCAGGAACUCAACGCUUCUCGCCCUCAGUGUCCCGUCGGCCUCAGCACACUGGCCUUCCCUAGUUUGCCACGUAGCCACAGUCUCGAAGAGCGACAGCCCUGGGUCUACCUCACCUGUGGCCACGUCCACGGACGGCACGACUGGGGUCAGAGAUCCGAAGGAGUGGAGGAGCCGGGAGACAGCGAGGGCUCCACCACUCGCCGAGAAUGUCCCCUCUGCAGAAGCGUGGGUCCCUACGUGCCUCUGUGGUUAGGCUGCGAGCCGGCCGUGUACGUAGACGCCGGCGCUCCCACUCACGCUUUCGUGCCGUGCGGCCACGUCUGCUCCGAGAAAACAGUCAGGUACUGGGCCGAGACCCCGCUGCCUCACGGGACACACGCCUUCAGACCAGUGUGCCCAUUCUGCUCCACCGCACUCAGCACCCCAGGCUGGACACGACUCAUUUUUCAGGGUCCCAUUGACUAGUUUUCACAACACAACAACCACUUCCACACUUUCUGAAAGAAGCCCGAGCUGCACUCAGGUGGCAAAUAAUGAUUUAUAUAUUUGAGUUUUAACCAGUCGCUGGGUACAGCUCGCGGCACUGAAGUCCUGCCCUUAUUUUCACUUCUGAGCUUGGUGGUUGGAUAAGGUUCUGAUGAGGUUCAAAAUAAAGAUUUUAUUUUGAACCUCCUGAAACACAAUGGUUUGUUCUUUAUCAGACUUUGCCUCAUAGUUUACCAUCCCGACUUGAAAAUGUAGCUGUUUUAAUGCAGAUUUAUGUUCCACGCACCAUUUUAAGAUUGCAUUUUUAACCUCAGAUCCCUCUCCAACCGUGAAGCAGAAUUUAAAUAAGGGCUUGGAAUUAUCUCGGGUAAAAGUCACCUCAUGUAACUCCAGUAAGCAAUAAUCACUCUCAUAUAUAAGCUGUGUUCUGUGCAUUAAUUUGCAGAGUUCUGGGGACGGUUGUCUCAAACAGUGGUGUGUUCGACUCUUGACCUUUCCUUUUCCAAACGAUGCAAGCGAUUUUAAAAUGUCUAACCAAAGCUGAUGCUUUAUAACCUCCAAAAACAAGAGGAGUCCGUAGUAGAUGUAUACAUGGACUGACUUGAACACACUUCUGAUUGUCGAAUCCUGGUCAACAGGGUCUGGUGGCGAUUAAAAACAAAAGGUUUGAUCUCGCUUAACCUCAAAUGAUAACCUUGUUUAAGUCUUAAAGAAACUAUUUUGUAAAGAACUGUGGGGUGGG